AUGUCUCUGCUGUUCAAUGGACUCCCAGAAGACGGCGAGGUGCUUCGCUAUCCGGACGCUAAGCGUGCUGACGCUUUUAGCCCGCUUUCCCAAGUACGCAAGGGCAACUAUCACACUCCGACAUACUUGGUGUUUGGGGACCAGGACGAGAUUGCGCCUUUCAGCAAGGGAUUAGAGUUUGCGCGAGCUUUAGAGCAGCAAGGCGUAAGGAGCGGGUUCCUUCCCGUCCAGGGAGCCCGGCACAUAUUCGACCUCGGACUGGUCCCGGGAAGUGAGGGCUGGAAUGUUGGAGUCGGUCCGGGUUAUGAGUUCUUACUAGAGGAACUUGAGAGCGCUAGUGGUUCCCGUUCUUGA